UGGGAGAAGGACAUCCAUUUCUCCAGCCAAUCAUUUCCUCCCACAGGGAUGCCCGCAGCAAUUCAUUCUAGAAACGCCUCGCACGAGAUUCCUCAACCUUCGAUGAGCUCAUUUUCGCACCUUCAUGUCGUCAUUUUCACCACUUUGACCCCACAGACGUCUCCAUACAAAGCUGAACCGCCAUUUCUCUUCGUGCUUGAUCUCUGCGUUUUCUCUUCGUGGCGAAUUGCGAAUCCUUUCUGGAAGAGAUGGCGAUGAAGUUUGAUGCUUUGCCGGAGGAUUGCAUCGCCAGCAUUCUGUCUCUGACAUCCCCUCCAGACGCCGGGAAGUCGUCGGCCGUCUCGUCUGCGGUCCGUGCUGCCGCGGAAUCCGAUCUCCUUUGGGAGAGCUUCCUGCCGCCGGAUUACCGGGAUGUGCUCUCGAGGUUGACGUCUCCGGUGCUGUACAGGUCCAAGAAAGAGCUGUUCCUGAGGCUGUGCAUUCCACGCCUCAUUGACGGGGGUACGAAGAGUUUCUCCUUGGAAAGAUCAACAAGUAAGAAAUGCUACAUGCUAAGUGCAAGGGAGCUUUCAAUAACAUGGGCAACCAACUCUCUCUAUUGGUGCUGGAAACCCUCCCUCCAAUCAAGAUUUGGUGAAGUUGCGGAGCUUAUAACCGUUUGUUGGCUUGAAAUCCAUGGAAAGAUAAGCACUAGGAUGCUCACACCAAACACAGCAUACACAGCUUAUCUAAUUGUUAAUUUUGCGGAUCGCGCUUAUGGGUUGGACUAUGUUCCCUCAGAAGUAUUAGUUGAAGUUGAUAAUCACCAAUCACGAGGUUUAAUUUAUCUUCGUCCGGAAGAAGGAAAGAGAAAAAUGCCAGAAUUGAUUUUGACAUGUAACAGAAUGGAAGCCUUGAGGGCUAGGGUCAUGAAAGGGGAAGAAAAGGUGGCUCACGAGAGGGGAGAUGGAUGGUUGGAGGUUGAACUUGGCGAGUUCCACAAUGAUGGGUCCGAGAAAGAUGUGAAAAUGAGCCUAAAGGAGGUUAAGGGGGAGCACUUGAAAGGUGGGCUUAUUGUGGACGGAAUUGAGCUAAGACCAAGGUGUUGAAUGCUUGUCCUCUCAAGAUCAAUUUCUUCUUCUUCUUUAUUGCCCUUGUUUUAAGGUCCUGAUUAAGUCCUGAUUUGCGUUUUUAUUUUACGUAUUAAGGUCUCAUCAAAUAAAGACGUUGAAAAUCUUUGUUUCCACGUAUUUGGGUUUAUAAUUUGUAA